AGAUGAAUGAGCUGUUGAACAAGGCCAGUGGUGGACAUACAGGAGUUCAAUACCUGUUGAACCUAGGGCAAUUUCUUAUGCAGCUCAAAGACGAUGGUGGCACCAUGGAUGACGGGACUAUGAGUAGAUCUGCAGUAGCCAAGAGAAUUGCCUCUGAGUUCAAGCAGUUCGAGAACGUCCAAAACAUGUUCUGGAACCAGGCCGUCCAAAAGAUGCAGAAGGCACCGGAGGAAUGCGUGAAAGACAUGAAUGCAAAGAGUAUCCUUGAUGAUGGCGAAGUCUUGCUUGAUGAAGGUGAUUUGAAGAACGGAUUGGGUAGCUUCUGGGACCACUACAAUGAAAUGCUCAACCAGUCUCUUGAUCGUCAAAUCCAGCUUGAAGAUAUUGUGAGCAAAUGCUUGGAAGAAGUGGCCAUGCUGCGCAAACGUCAUAAUGUUGGUGGCGAUGUGCUUGACCCCUUGUCGAUCAAGGAGUCCCUGCCACGGCUCUUGGCGCACGUCUUCGUGCACUACAGCAUUACUGCCACUGGGGAUGAGUUCAUGUCUUUUCUUGCAACCAACCGGUUGGAUAGCAAGGGCCUCGAUAUGCAGGCUUUGCUCGGCGGCAUCAAAACUCCGCACAAUAUUCAGGUGCUGGCUAUUCUUCGUUUCUUUGGCUUUGGGGAGCGGAGUGAUCGAAAGAACAUUCUUCCAAACCAGCUGGUUCAGGUGGAGACGGGUGGUGGAAAAUCUCUGAUCUUGGGAGCAGCAGCAACAGUCUUUGCCAUGCUUGGCUUUGAUGUCCGGGAUGCUUGCUACUCAGAUUACCUGAGCAGCAGAGAUGCCAAGGACUUCCAUCCGACUUUUUCCGACUUUCAGGUAGCGCCAAGAAUCAAAUACAGCAAGAUUACCACUUUUAGCGAAGACAUGGUGGCUGCAAAAGGUGAUGUCCGGUCACUUACACUGGAACUUUUUGCAGGGAAAUCGUUGAAGUCAAAAGUGGUCGCGUCCCAAGUUGAUGUUAGCAAGAACCAGAUUCUCUUGGUUGAUGAGGUGGACGUUUUCAUGGGCCCAGAGUUUGUCGCCAAGACGCAUGAUCAGGUUGCAAGAUUGCAGCAUCCGGGCGCGCGCAAAGUCUUGGAAAACUUGUGGCAGAGGCGGGAAGAGGCACAGACGCUUCAGGCUGCUGACAAGCUUUGCUUUGAUGUCAAGACAGGGGAAGCCUACAAGAACUUGGUAAAGUCUUUCAAAACCUUUGAGGUGGUGAUUGAAUCCCAGGUGAGGAUGAUGUGCGUUGACUUGCACGAUUACAUGCAGAAAACCCAUCCCAUGCCAGAAUUCAAUCCGGUUCAAGGUUGCGUAGGCUACAAGGUUCAAGACCGAAUCGAUUGCGAUGCGGUUUUUGGCUACAAAAGUGCGUUUGCGUACCUUGAAGAUCAGAAGAAACUGAACAAGACAGAGGCUAAGAUGAAUGAGGCCCUCAGCAUGCUCGUUCCCUGUGGUCAGUUCUCAUACACGAAAAUCCACCCGCGCCACAUCUUCGGAGUGUCGGGCACAGUCGAACAGCUGCAGCCUUUUCAACGGCAAGAAGUGAAGAAACAUGGCCUGCACGUCUUCACAACUAUGCCAUCGGUGUAUGGCCAAUCCAAGUUCCGUUUCUUAGAGCAGGCUGAUGCCAUCAAGGUUGUUCCAGCAGCAAAUUUCUUCCAAGAAAUUGCGUUGGCCACUCAGGAGAAGGUCAAAGAAAAGAGGGCCAUCAUUGUUUUCUUUGAAAGCCAUCGCCUUCUUGAGGAGUUCCGCAGAUCGCAAUUCUUCGCCAAACUGCCAUCUCCUGAAAUUUUGGUCGAAGGACUAUCGUAUGAUGAUAAAGCCAACAUCAUCAAAAAGGCGGCCAACACUGGGCAAAUCACCUUAGCAACCGCACCCUUCGGCCGUGGAAGCGACUUUGUCUCAUAUGACGACAAGCUCCAAGAACGUGGUGGGGUACAUGUCCUACAAACGUUCCCGUCAGCAGAUGCCAGUGAAGAGGUUCAGUUCCAGGGCCGCACAGCUCGGCAAGGAAAGAAAGGCUCAUACAGCUUGAUUUUGCGGGAAGAAGAUGUCCAACAGAAGCUGGGCUUGGCAGCUGACAUUCUUCAUGAUGGCCAGGGCAAAGGCUACCAGAAAAUGAAGUCAGCUCGUGCUCAAAAGUCCGCUGAACGGUUUGCGAGUCUGACAUCGGACUUGCAAGAGGCUCAUGAGAAAGACGUCCUGUCACAUGCUCUGCUUGACGCGUUGGUUGCCGGAGACCGCAAGAAGGCCACGGAUGCAUAUUUGGAUUUCUACAAGACGUGGAUGCAGAGCCACGUCGCUACUUCGGCCAGGUCUGCAGCGCACCACUAUGUGAUUUGCUUGGACGAUUCUGGCAGCAUGAGCUACGGGCAAAAGUUUGAAGCUGCCCAGCGGGCUGUGGAGGAUUUUGCAACGCAGGCCGCUUUGAAGAAUCAGGGCACAUCAUCAGCUAUGUCUCUGGUAAUAUUUGACCACGAUGCUCGGGUGGUUUGCAACCAGACGCCUUUGGAUCAACACGCCAGCUGCACAAAUGCAAUUACAUACCAAGGAGGCGGCACAGAAUUUAGCCGCCCAUUGAAUCAUUCGAUGCAGCUGGUGCGGGGGAACAAGGACAAGUAUGACAAGCAAUUCAUCCUGUUCUACACUGAUGGGGAAGCAGCGUUUCCACAAGCAGAAGCCGACCUCAUGAAGAGGUUCAGGGAUACUGGAGAAAAUUUGGAAUUCUUUGCAGUCGCAGAAAACCGAGCUCCCGCUUUAGACCUGAUUUGCAAAGCACUUUACCCGUGGUCCCCGCUAUCAGAUCAUUGCUUGUCGCAAGUGAGCCCCGAAGAAAUUUCUGGCGCGAUGCAAGAGACAUUGCGCCGCAUGAACAUGGCCUUUGUUCAAGCCUAGCCGUGUCUAGAUGUGCU